GUGGUCUGUAGAAGCGCUGGGAUCUGAGAGGAGGAGAGAAGGAGGAAGGGGAGGAGGAAAAAAAACUUGCUGGCACCGCCUGCCAGAUUCACAGCGGAUCUCAGCAAUUUAUCGCAUCGCCGCAUCUAACCCUAAAGUCUCUGUAAGUGAGUGAGCCGGAUAGGGUGUUUACAUCCAGUCUGUAGAGCUGUUCCUCGCAGUGUGGACUUCACACACACACACACACACACACACACACACACACAGGGAGUUGUUUCGCUGCUGAUGCCGGGGAGAUAAAUCCUUUAUCCCCCAUCUCCUCCUCCUCUUCUCUCGCCAUCUCUUAUCUCCCUCCCCUGCGCAACUGAGUCGACACCGGUGGCAUAUUGGACGCGCUGGAUGGCUGCUGCACUUAUCGAACCGGUGUGAAUCUUUUCUUUUUCUUUUUUUUCUUUUCCCUUUCUUUAACUUCAUCAUCCUCUGCCUCUGAGUCUGACAACAAAACAACAACUGCAGAAACAAUGACAGACCCGGCGACCCAAGAGUCCUACCCUGUCCCAGACCCGACUAUUGUGGAUCCCUGCCCCGCCACGGUGCGGAACGGCCAGUGCGCCCCGGAUGGCUUCACUAACAACCAUCACCAGCAAGACAAACCCCCCGGCCAGCCCGAGCCGUUCACCACGGGCCAGGAGAUGAGAAUCACAGACAGUGUGGAGGGAGAAGGUCUCCUCGAGAGCAGCAUGCGCCUGAAGCCCCAUGAGGCCCAGAGCUACAGGAAGAAGGCGCUCUGGGUAUCCUGGAUCUCCAUCGUGGUCACACUCAUACUGGCUGUGGCAGCUUUCACUGUAUCAUUCAUGAGACACAGCGCGUCAGCCUUUGGAUUUGCUUUUGAUGCCACGCUGGACGUCCUAUCAUCAGUCAUUGUCCUCUGGCGCUACAGCAAUGCAGCAGCAGUGCACUCUGCGCACAGAGAGUAUAUAGCGUGUGUGAUCCUUGGGAUUGUGUUUGUUCUCUCCUCCGUAUGCAUCCUUGGAAAGGCCAUCCAUAAUCUGGCGACCAAGAUGCCGCCAGAAGUGGAUGACUUCCUCUUCAGUGUGUCCAUAGUGAGCGGAUUCACAUGUGCUGUGCUGGCUGUGGCCAAGUUCAUGUUGGGAAGAGUGCUGACUAGUCGGGCACUUAUCACUGAUGGGUUUAAUUCUAUGGUUGGAUCUAUCAUGGGAUUUUCCAUUCUGAUCAGUGCUGAAGUCUUCAAGCACCACGCUGAUGUCUGGUUUCUGGAUGGCACCAUCGGAGUUCUCAUUGGACUCAUCAUUAUGGCAUAUGGGAUCAAACUCCUGAGGGACAUGGUGCCCCGUGUGAGGCAGACAAGGAACUACGAACGCUUUGAGUGAGAUGUGUGUGUGUUGAGCAGACGAGCAGGUUCACACAUACACACACACACACACACACACACACACACACACACACACACACACACAUACACCCACACACCUGGAUGCCUCCUUCCCUCCUUCCCUCCUUCCCUCCUCUCUCUGUCUUUCAUAAACACACUUUAGCUGCACAUACAUUCAGACGUUACACACCCCUGUUCUCAAACACAUGCAUAUAUACACAUAUGAUGUAUAUACCGUAUAUAGCACAUUCGUACAUGCAGACAAUAACAUCAAUGCGAACGCACGCACACACACACACACACACACAAACACACACACAAUGUCUGAGGGACUUUGCUGGAAAAGGACAAGAUUGAAGACCUCCUCCUGGAACGACAGUAUUUCAUUUCAAUUCUUCUUCUUCUGCUCUUCUUCACUUUUUGUCCAUGAAACCACAAGUUUAACCAGCAAGCAUUUUACAUUUGUUCAAACUGGACAUACAGUAGCUGCUGCUAAGAUGACACCAUUCACAUAUCUCAAUUGUCACCCUGCAAGAAACUACAGUAUAUUAAUUUGUCCUUGUGGGUUCAGCUGUUGUCUCGGUCAACAUCAAAAUCAAAAUGUAUCAAAUCAUGUAGAAAACAUAUAAAAAAGAAAUUAAUUCCAUGUUGAGCCAAACUCUCCACCAAUGUAAUAUAGCUAUGUAGCUGUUCCUUUCCUAAAACACAAAGCAGAACCAGUCAACACAUCACCAGCCUCCUCCCUUCAGCCACUAUACAUCCUAAUUUGUUUCUGAAAGAAAGAAGAGAGGAAGUGGAAAGCAGAGAGGAAGAGACUCAGAAAGAGAGCAUGUAAGCAGUGCCAAGUCAGCAAACACUGCGUUCUCUGAAAGGUGAACAGCACCAGUGAACACGGUGAGGUCGGCCUUCAUCUAUAACCUCUACAACUAAAAAUCAAGCAGAAAAGACACUAAGGACAAAUAUUUGCCAGACAAUGGCUAUAAACCUAAGUGCACAAAGCUUAUGUUAUUUGACCUACUGCAUUCGUAUUACAUUGUGUAGUCCGUUGCACUGUAUGUGAUGUGUCCGAGCACAAAUUAGCAAACUUUUCUUGCUGCUUCAGUGUUUGUUGCUGACAGUUGAGCACAGUGCCCAUACUGGGUGAUUAAAAACGAACCAGUAAAUGAUUUCAGGGUAUUUAACCUGCUUUGCUGCUUUGUCAUAACUGCUGUUUUCUGACUUUACAUCCUGUGUGUUUCCUUGCCAUAUAUUGUACAUACAGAAUUUUGUUUGAUUUGUUUACAAAUCAGUUAUUUACUGAAGUCCAUUCUGAUCCUUUUUUUUACUUGAAACGUACAUUGACAAAAUAAAAUUUUACCAGGCAAUAGCUAAGUUUUUAUAAGGGUAAGAUGGAAAAAGCACAUCAAUAUUUAUCUUGUGGUUUUGCUGUAUCACCCUUUCAGGCUUAGAUAAUUAAUAAAUGUAAAGGCACUGCAUAACUCUGCAGGAAAGUUUGCUAUAAUCCUGUUAUUUAUCCUUUUCUCUGUGGCACUUUGUAUUGAAUCCAGUCGGGGUAUUAAUUACUCUUAUUAUUUUAUUCUUCUUUUCCCCCCCAUUUUGACUGCAAUGUUCAUAUGGGAAAGAUGAAACCUAAGAUGAAGCUAAGCACAAUGACAAAGAUAAAGAAGUCUGUGGGAAUAUGAUUUACACUGCAUAUGAUUUGUUUUUUCCUGUGUCUGCUUACCUGCUGAUUCCUAUUUGUUCUGCAUGUUCCCAUUGUUAUCAUUCAUUAUUAUGUGCAAUGAACAGAAUGUAAAUAGAAACCACACAGUCUGUAAAUAUGUUUAUUACAGUUUGGGUGCGUCAGUAACAGCAGUCACAAAUAGUCAUAGCGCUUUAAGGCCAACAUAACAGGCUUUUUUGGAGUAGACAGCUCAUAGUUAAAGUACAGGAUGAUCAGUGUUGCAUAUACUUAAAAAAUGUUUACUCUAGUGCGCAUAUACUGUAAAUGUUGCUUUAUAUAUUUACCGUAGAUUAUUGGUGAAAUGAAAUGACAAGUCUUACUGUAAGUUUUUGCACUGUAAAUGGAAAUCUCAGAUUGACUGUAGGUGUGAUCCGACAACACUGUCCAAGGCUCAGCUGUGCUUUACAAUUUUCCUUUAUAUCACUUAUUAGAAGCUAUGAAAAAAAGAAAACAAAAAAAUUGAUGUGGGGAUUGUUGUCUUCUUGGAGGAUACCUUUGUCUAACCAAAGCAUCUCUAAAUGUUCAAUUAGAUUCAUGAAUUUUAAUACAAUUCAAACAUUGAUUUUAUACAAAUUCAGCUAGUCUAAUCAAAUUAUAAAUAAACUGAUAUAAAUAAUGCAUAGGUACUUUCCUAUGUGUAAACAGAUAAACUGUUGGAGGCCUAAGGUUUCCUUCUGCAAAUGUGAAUCCAUGAUGCUUGUGAGCCCCCUCGUGGUUGCAAGCCACAUGACAAGAGAAUUCAUUAGUAUUCAGUGCACUGGAUCCAGGGGAGAGAGUCUAAAUUUAUCCCAGGCUGAAGACAGUUACAAAGCCUUGGACAGUGACUGUGAAGGGGCCUACAUCCUCUCUGCACUGUAAUUAUCAACUCUGAGUUCACAUAUACUGGACAAGGUGCAAAGUUAUUGGUAUUAUCUUUAGCUCCAUUGUGUGAAGAAUAAGGAUUAGCUAGAAACUGAGGGUGUGAAUCUCACACCACUUCAACUCACCAACAGCACACUGAUUUGUAAUGUUUUCCCCUGUCUCUGAUGCAUAGAAGACAAUCUCUACAAUGACUUUUACAAGCAAAGCACAGUGUUUACAUGCGGACACCACCACACAAGGCACAGAACAAAGCAAUUCUAACUCAGUCACAGUAACAGUAUGUUUUACUAGCUCUAUUGCUCAUAUGAUAAACUAAUGUGUUCAGAUAAACUGGAGACUAUUUUGAUCUUGGCAACAAAGUCCGUUCUACCUCUCUUCUUUGCUCUUUGUUUUAUUUUCAUGCCACUUCUCUUGUGCACAUUCAUGCUACAGAAACCUUAGCUGAGUACUGUGAUUGUGGCCCUGGCCCCCUUAUAUUACUUAGUGGUGGGGGGUCUUUGAAGCUGUUGCAUUCACUGUAAAUCAUUGGGUAAGUGCAAGAGUAAACUCUCCCAAUCACCACAGUAAUAUUUGCAUCUGAUUCAUUUAAAAAAAAAAAAAAUGUCCCCUGCCCUUUGAAAUGUUUUGACUUUCAUGCUCCAUCUCAAUAGAAAAAACUGUAGAUGUGUGAAAAAUGCCCCCUGAACAUACAUUUCUUGUUUGCACAAACACAAAACCUCAAACCUCAAAUCAUCAUCUGACACAAAAUAUCAAUUCAUGUAAUUGUUUCAUAAACAUCUCAGAAACAUGUCAAAUUCUGCAGCUUGAUGAACUGUGCCAAAUCACUGAGACCAUAUGUCCGCUCUUUUUUGUGUAUCUUAAUUGUACUUGUAUUGAUGAAUGGACUUAUUAACAUUAUUGCCCCAGAAAAGGCAUCAGACCAUUCAAUUUACUUAAUUUUACAAAAUUAUGAUAGCAAUACUAACCACUCUGUUACUAUAGGCUUUGCAUGGGCUCAUAAAAACCCUUACAGCUUCAGUGGUUACGAAUGCAUUGCAGCCAUACACACACACGCACACACACACACACACACACACACACACACACACACACACACACACAGAUAGAAAUGUGUAACUGAAAUGACAGUAAAGCUGACUAUGUAACAGAAUUAUUAUUUGUCUGUUUGUACAGUAAUGAUAUCAGUGGUAUUACAGAUGAUGUAAACACCAUUUAUUUAUGUAAAAGAACAAUGAUAUCUCUUUGUCAUAGAGCAAAGUUUUAUUGAUUAAUAAAGUUUUAUCCUGCUUAUUCAUCAA